UUCCCCCCCCCCGAGAUGGACUACAACUCCCAGCGGCCCCCUUACCAGCCACGCUGGGCCAAGUCUGCGUCGGGAGGUUCCUUCGCACGUGGUCAAUCCCGGCUUUCCCAUUUCGGCCAGGAGGGGGCGGCCGAGCGCGGCGCCUUGCUUGUCCGGCUAGAGAGGCGGAGAGCGGAAGUUGCGUCUCCCUCCGGAGAGGCGGUGGAUGGAGCGAGGGGCGGGACCCGUCUAGCCCAGCCACUCACUGAUCUCUCCGUUCGUCUUGUUUCCUGUCGCGGCUUCAGGAUCAUGGCGUCCAAGCAACAGCAGUCAUCACAGCAGCAGCCCAAUGCCUUGCCCACCUACGAGACCUUGAAGUUGGAACGGGUGCGCGAGAAAGUGCUACACGUGGAGCUCAACCGUCCUGAGAAAAGGAACGCCAUGAAUAUCGCCUUUUGGAGGGAGAUGGUCGAGUGCUUCAACAAGAUUGCCGAGGAUUCCGAAUGUCACGCAGUGGUGAUCUCGGGUGCUGGGAAAAUGUUCACUGCAGGCAUUGACCUCAUGGAGCUGGGCAGCGUUUUCAUGAUGGCACAAGGUGAUGACGUGGCUCGGAGGGCUUGGAACAUCCGCAAGAAGAUCCAGGAAUACCAAGAGUCCUUCACGGUCCUGGAGAAGUGUCCCAAACCCGUCAUUGUGGCCGUUCAUGGGGCCUGCAUCGGAGGAGGUGUGAAUCUCAUUACGGCCUGCGAUAUUCGCUACUGCACGCAGGACGCUUGGUUCCAGGUGAAGGAAGUGGACGUUGGACUGGCCGCCGACGUCGGCGCAUUGCAGCGUUUGCCACGCGUCAUUGGGAAUCGGAGCCUAGUGAACGAGCUGGCUUUCACGGGCAGAAAGCUCAUGGCCCCGGAGGCAGAGAGCUGCGGCCUUGUCAGCCGCGUGUUCCGAGAUCACGAGUCAGUGCUGCAGGGUGCCUUUGAUUUGGCCACCGAAAUCGCCUGCCGGAGUCCAGUCGCGGUGCAGGGCACGAAAAUUAACCUCGUUUACUCCAGAGACCAUUCCGUGCCCGACGGCUUGAAAUACAUGGCUACUUGGAACAUGAGCAUGCUUCAGACCGAGGACAUUAUCAAGUCCGCUCAAGCUGUGAUGGAGAAGAAGACCCCCAAGCAGGUGGUCUACUCCAAACUGUAGAUGGAAGCCUGUGCCUGCCCCGAAGCAAGGGCUGUGUUUGUGUGUGUGUGUGUAUGUCACACACUCCUGCUUUGCAGGGGCCAAGCCUGGAGCCUGGGUUACGGCAAGACGCCAGCCUCAAGUGCCUUUGAAUCACGCACCGCCCGCCUGUCCUGUUGAUUCUUUAGGGGCGCUGCGAAGCGAUAACCCCCCCCCUUUUGAAAAGGGGUGCAUUUUCCAGAGCAUGCAGGUUAGCAACAGAAGAGCAUAUUAAUAUAGACGCCCAAAAAGUUGGUUUUAACGAAGAUUAAAUCUUGUUUUAAUUAUG